AUGGCGUCCCUCAAGAGAGCCGGAAAGGUCGUCUGCAUUGGCCGCAACUACGCGGACCACAUCACAGAGCUGAACAGUGCCCGGCCCAAGCGGCCGUUCUUCUUCCAAAAACCGACAUCGUCAAUCCUGCUCCCCGGCGAGGGUCCGGUGAUUCGGCCGAGGGGCGUCAACCUGCACUACGAGGUCGAGCUAGCCCUCAUCUUGGGCAAGCGGGUGAGGGACCUCAACGAGCAGGAUGAGCAGGCGGCGCUGGAUGCAAUUGAGAGCUACGCCCUCAGCAUCGACAUGACAGCCCGCAACGUCCAGAACGAGGCCAAGAAGAAGGGCCUCCCCUGGGACAUCAGCAAGGGCUUCGACACAUUCCUGCCCCUGAGCAAUGUCAUUAGCAAGGCAGCCAUCCCGGAUCCGCACAAGAUCGAGCUGUACCUGACGGUCAACGGCAAGGUGCAGCAGAACGACUCGACCGAGCUCAUGCUUUUCCGGAUUCCCCGCAUCCUUAGCGACAUCUCCAAGGUCAUGACGCUCGAGCCGGGCGACAUUGUGCUGACGGGUACACCCAAGGGUGUUGGCCCGGUUGUGCCUGGAGAUGUCAUGCGCGCAGGCAUCCGGGUGGACGGCAAGGAGCUGGAGGAGGCCAAGAUUGAGGUUGCGGUUGAGGAAUCGACAAGCUCGUAUGAGUAUGCCGAGACAUGA